GUGAUAUAUAUGCAGAGAGAGUAUUUAUUAAUUAGUAUCAUUAAACAAAUUAGUCAAAUGUGAUGUGUUUUCAUUUGUGAUAUGUAUCCCGACAGAGUAUUUAUUAAUUAACAGCUCAGACAGAAGAAGAUUGCCGAGAAAUGGGGUCUGCAGUAUUAUCACAAACAAUACCAGCAGUCAAAGUUUCAAGGCUCUUCAUAUACCCUAUCAAGUCAUGCCGUGGAAUUUCUGUUUCCUAUGCCCCCCUCACUCCUGCUGGACUUCGAUGGGAUCGAGAAUGGGUGGUGGUGAAUUCCCAAGGGAGGGCAUGCACUCAAAGAGUUGAUCCAAAGCUUGCUUUGGUUGAGGUUGAAUUGCCAAAUGAUGCACUUGUUGAAGACUUUGAACCUACAAGCGAUUCUUACAUGGUGUUGAAAGCACCUGGGAUGAAACCUCUCAAUAUUUGUUUGAGUAAACAACAUGAAGUAACAGAUGCUGUCACAGUCUGGGAAUGGACUGGGUCUGCGUGGGAUGAAGGAGCUGAAGCAUCUCAGUGGUUCUCAGAUUUUUUAGGAAAGCCCUGUCAACUAGUCCGCUUCAAUUCUGCUUCAGAAGUUAGACAAGUGGAUCCUGAUUAUGUUCGAGGACAGCAUCGGACCUAUUUCUCUGACGGUUAUCCAUUCUUACUUUUAUCUCAGGAAUCAUUGGAUGCACUAAACGAGCUUCUAAAGGAACGCAUACCUAUUAAUCGUUUCAGACCCAAUAUCCUUGUUGAAGGUUGUGAUCCAUAUUCUGAGGACUUGUGGACAGAGAUCAAGAUAAGCAGGUUUUCAUUUCUUGGUGUCAAACUGUGCUCCCGUUGUAAGGUACCUACAAUCAAUCAAGAGACUGGGAUAGCUGGAUCUGAGCCAACUGAGACUCUUAUGAAAACUAGGUCUGGCAAAGUCAUAAGACCAAAUGCGAAAAAUAAAAACAAGGUCUACUUUGGUCAGAAUUUGGUAUGGAACUGGAUGGAUUCUUCUGUUAAAGGGAGUGGCAAAACCAUUAAAGUUGGAGAUCCUGUUUAUAUUCUUGGAAACGUCUCUUCUGCAGAAGAAGCUGCUGCUUGAACUGUGUGUGUAGAAUAUGCAGGAUUCAAUACCAGCAAUCCAAAUGGUGACAUGAAGGGAAUGGCGGUGAUGGGUGGUGAUGGAAUUGCCGGAGGCAAUGGAGAGGCCUACGGAGAUAGGUCAAAUCAGAAGGUGAUGGAGGCAAGUCUACAAUAAGCAUUUUUGUAUAAAUUAAUCUAAUGAUGGUAAAUAAUGUUCUAUGGUAGAUCACCUAUGAAGAUAGUCCACCGUUGCAUUUGUUGAAAACAUAAGAUGAAAAUUCAACACCUUUUACUAGUGUGGAACGCCAAGAGCACUCCAUUUGAUAGGGUACUACUCCCUACAUGAAUCUAAAGCAAUUUUUUUGAGAACUCAUAGAAGUGUUCUUC